GCUAACGAGCAGCACGGGUGGUGGUGGUGGUGGUGGAUUUCUGUAUUUCUCGGCCCUCGGACAACUAAAUCACGUCUCAGGAGUAUGUUUUUGGGACAAUGACAAGCACGGCGAGCUGGGCUAAUGGAGAGGGGAGGCAUGUCGGUGGAUCAGUGUCGGUUAAACGGUCGGUGUAAGCGAGGCUAGUCGGUUAGCUGAAUCGAUCAAGGAAGUUGACUAGCCACCGUGCUAACUUGGCGACAAAUGUAUUACUGAAGCGAGGCUGAAACGUCUGAGUUAUUAAUAGAUGUUCAUAUAACAGGCAGGUGGUGUGUUUUUCUUUUUUUAAUUUGAAAGUCUUGACUUGUCGUGGUCUUUCUUUCUUUUCUUUUCUUUUUUUAAUCGCUAACGUGAGCUAGUCAACGUUAGCCGGGAAGUGGGGGGACCUUGUUGUAAACAAAGGGUCCCGAUCUCCACCGGUCCACAGCGACCUUUACUCCUCGACUUAUCGUUGACUGAAUGAUUCACGGACACCGUUGCCUUUUUAUGUAACCGACUCUCCCAGAGAUGGAUUUAAAGACGGCGGUUUUUAACGCAGCCAGGGACGGGAAGCUCCGUCUCCUUCAGAAACUAUUGGAGAACAAAGAUGGACACGAGGUGACCAAGUUGAUGGGCGAGAAGACGAACGGGGCCACCCCGCUCUUGAUGGCCUCCCGGUACGGCCACCUGGACCUGGUGGAGUAUUUGCUGGAGUGCUGCAGCGCUCCGGUUGAGGUCGGUGGCUCGGUGAACUUUGACGGGGAGACCAUCGAGGGAGCCCCCCCGCUUUGGGCCGCCUCGGCGGCGGGUCACCUGAAAGUAGUCCAGUCCUUACUGGGCCACGGAGCUUCUGUCAACAGCACGACCCUGACCAACUCAACGCCCCUGAGGGCGGCCUGCUUUGACGGUCACCUGGACAUUGUGAAAUACCUGGUGGAGCACAAAGCUGACCUGGAGGUGGCCAACAGACACGGCCACACGUGUCUCAUGAUUUCCUGCUACAAGGGACACAAGGAUAUAGCGCAGUACCUGCUGGAGAAAGGUGCAGAUGUCAACAGGAAGAGUGUAAAAGGCAACACGGCACUUCAUGACUGUGCAGAGUCGGGCAGUCUGGAGAUCAUGCGGAUGUUACUGCAGUACGGCGCAUCCAUGGAGCAGGACGGCUACGGCAUGACUCCCCUCCUCUCCGCCAGCGUCACAGGCCACACUAACAUCGUAGAUGACCUGACAAUGCACCAGCAGACGAGCCACACGGAACGUAUUGAUGCCCUGGAGCUCUUGGGAGCCACGUUUGUUGACAAGAAAAGAGAUCUGCUGGGAGCUUUAAAAUACUGGAAGAGAGCCAUGGACCUCAGGUACCUGGACAGUAACAACAUCACCCAUAAACCUGAACCCAAGCAGCUGAUCAUGGCAUACGACUACGCCAGGGAGGUAACAAACAACGAAGAGCUGGACGGGCUGAUUUCUGACCCGGAUGAGAUGCGCAUGCAGGCACUGCUCAUCCGCGAGAGAAUCCUCGGCCCUCAACAUCCAGACACGUCUUACUACAUCCGUUACCGAGGUGCCGUCUACGCGGACUCUGGGAACUUUGAGCGCUGUAUCAAUCUGUGGAAGUAUGCUUUGGACAUGCAGCAGAGCAACCUGGACCCCCUCAGCCCCAUGACGGCCUCUAGCCUGCUGUCAUUCGCUGAGUUAUUCUCCUUCAUGCUGCAGGACCGCGCCAAGGGGCUCCUGGGGACAUCGGUGUCAUUUGAGGACUUGAUGGGGAUCCUUUCCAAGAGCGUGUUAGAGAUUGAGCGGGCAGUUAAACAAAAUGGGCCGAUGCCUCCGGACCCUGCCCAGCUCAGCAAGGCCCUGUCAAUCAUCCUGCACCUCAUUUGUCUUUUAGAGAAGGUGCCGUGUACCGCAGAGCAGGACCACUUCAAGAAGGAAACUAUCUAUAGAUUCCUGAAGCUCCAGCCGUGCGGUAAGAACGGCUACAGUCCACUACACUUAGCAGUCGAUCGCAACACCACGUGUGUGGGGCGCUAUCCCGUCUGCAAGUUCCCCUCCCUCACAGUCGCUUCUAUCCUUCUCGAGUGUGGGGCAGACGUCAACAGCCGCGAUGAAGAUGACAACAGUCCGCUUCACAUCGCCGCAUCCAAUGGUCACCCGGACAUCAUGAACCUGCUGAUUUCAUGCGGGACUCACUUUGACAGCACCAACGCCUUCCAGCAAACGGCAUGCGACCUCCUGGACGAGAAGGAGCUGUCCAGGAAUGUCAUCCAACCCAUAAACCACACCACGCUGCAGUGCCUAGCCGCCAGGGCCAUCAUCAAGCACAGCCUCGACUACCGGGGAAACAUCCCUGAGAAACUAGAGGCCUUCGUCUUGCUCCACAGAUAAUGACCGUGAAGGGUGUGGAUGGUGGGGAACGGACGGAUGAAAAGAGAAGGUGAUUACAUCAAGUGGACUGGACAGACUUGAGGAGCACUAAAGUUCAACACCUGACCCACGAGGUGUUGGAGGAGCGGAAAGACACGAUCUUUGUGGGUUAGGUUUGCAAAUCCAAACUAUUUGGAGAGCGUGAACUUGGAAGAUUCAUGUGAACAAAAAAUGUCCAGGAAAAACUGAAAAAAUGAUCGGAGUAAAUGGAGGAAUGAGUUACCAUUUUCUUCCUUUUGUUUCUUCUUUCGUGGAGCCACAGCCCGACCUGUGGGGAUGUAUUAGCAGUGGAUUGCAACAUGGACAAACUGUUGUAUCUCUGGAUGAAGUGAGCAAGGGGUUUACAUAUUUUUGCUUUAGGAAAAAAAAAGUUUUUUUUUUUGCAUAUUCCACUAUGCUAUUUAUUGAAUGAAACUUGAGAGAUUUUUCUCCAUGCUGGCUCCAACCCAGCCUCAACUUUGCCUGCUUCUCUCUUCUCAAAGCAAGGAUUGAGGCAUUUCUACAUAUGCUGGGACUUCAGGUUAUUUUUUUUUCUUUGUCCCAUCACUGUUGCCAACAGUCAUGGACCCUUCCUCAGUCAUCAUUAGGUUACUUUUUUUUUUUUUUGUACUUUUUACAUUUAGUUAUUGUCACGCACAUCUAGAUAUCUGCCAAUUGGUGCGGAUUCUAGACUAAUUUGUCGUUCCCACUUUUAGUGUAUAACAAAGCUUUACGAGAAAGGGUUUAAUGUCUGCGAACACCAUAAGUGCUUUAUUCUUCCUAUGCACAGGCUAGGCUGUUUGGAAAGAGAGACUGUUGUAUUCUGUGCCGGCACUCGUCUGUGCAAUAUCUCUCAUUGAGUUUUUGUGUUUACCUCAUUGCUGCCGUUUCCCUUCAGCGUCCCCUUUUUACUUCAGUCAAAGAAGAAGAGGGGAGGUUGAGGGGUGGGGGGGUGGGAUGCAAAAUCAUUGUACUGAUUGUUGUAAGAGAGGUGAAUGAAUCUGAGUGACUGUCAAUGUUCGUUUGUGCAAGAGCGUGUGAGUGCCACACAGUUUGUUUCUUGUGUUUGAGUGUUUUUUGUUUUUUCUCUCUUUUUUUUUUUUUUUUAGGUUUUUUUUUUUUUUGUUGUUGUUGUUUUUUUUAGCUUACACAAAUCGAGGACAAGAGUUUGGCGUAGUGGCACUCAUGGAGAUUCCAUAAUGCACAUGACUGCCACUAAAAAACCGCAGCAGCCAAACUAAACUGUCUACAACCGCCGGAGUGUGCGGGCUUGUGCACAGAAGUGACCUCUUUAAACGUUCACACAUGGCCGACCUUUAAAUACCUUCGUUAUUUUUAAUGAUCACUAUCAAAAGGCAAAAUCUUUAGUAAGUUACCAACAUUGUCUCGCUGUGCAUGUGCAUCAGCAGCAGCAGCAGCAGCAUAUCAGCCAACCAAUCACUGCAGAAAACCUUUUCAUGAGGACUCCAAACUAGACCACAGCGAGGGUAGUUCUGCUCAUUACGUACAACCGUCAUCUAAUUGUACGAGAACUGAAGACACAAAUGAGUAGGAGGACGCCUCGACGUACAGAAUAGUAAAGCUUGUGAAUUAUCUUGUUUGCACAUUAGCUUUAGAUGUGUGGGUUGAAGAGAAAAAAAAGGGCUUUUCAUAAUUCAUAGGAUUUCAUAUUGCAGUCUGUUAAACCUGACAGUUGAAAACCAGACAUAGAACAUGUAUGAGGACUCCCAGGGCAACUUGAUUUGAAUCUGCACUUUACUACAGCGGAGUUUAAGAUUUGAUAUGGCAUUAAUCAAGUUCAUGUCUUAAUAACCAGUUUGACAAUAAACCCAUGUUGCACUUGU